AAAGCAACAUGUAUAAUGCCAGUUGGGAAGCAGCAUUUGUUCGGAAAGGUUAUCGUUCGUGCUUUCUAUCGUUUCUGCUUUUUCAUAAGGGGGAUUUUUGGAGCGGGUUCUUUAAAAAUAAAAAGCCCUUUUGGAAGAGAUCGUUUUCAGGCCAUAAACAUGACGUCACCGCCCGCCUUGGUGGGACUUCCAUACCGAUUUUCGGAUGAGCGCACAGUGAAGUUUGUGGAGCUUUAUGGCCGUGAGCCUUGCCUCUGGAACAAGCGUCCAUAUUUACGGCGAGCUCGAAACGCCGCCUACCGGCGAAUCCAGGCAGGAAUCAAUGCCGAUAUUGAACCAUACGAAACCUGUCUGACAAUCCAGGGAGUGAAGAUGAAGAUCAAAAAUCUGCGUACCGGGUACCACCAGGAGCUAAAGAAGAUCCGAUGCAUUUCAGGAUAUCAACCGAAGACUCCUUGGUUUGCUCCACUUCAUGGAUUUCUGGCUGAGUUCUUGGACACGAAUGACUUUGAUACCAGCAGCCCUCCUCAACUAAAGCGUCUACAGAUUCGUCUCACUAGACUUAAGCCAAUUAAGAUCCUGACCGAGAUCAAACCGGAUCCAGAUGAAGUAUCUGUUCCAGAGAUGCCAAUAGUUCCUACACCUGCCUCCUUGUUUACUGUUCUCCCAGCACCCAUGCCCACGGAUCAGCCACCUACUCCCCCGCCAUCACUGCCCAAGAUCGUUGAGAUCAAUUCGGCUGCACCUCCAGCCCCUGUUCAGAUGCCACUUCCCAUAUCGACGGCGUGCUCCCUUUCUGAAAAGAGUGAGGUCUUGGGAAUCGGGUUGGGAUCGGUACCCGUAAGAGGAACUGGAGUUGGGUUGGGAGUAGGAUUGCGGGGCGAAGACGAAUUCACCUUCUUCGGGUUGAGCGUAGCUGCCCAAAUUCGGAAUAUGCCGUUGGCUAAUGCAAUGGUGAUGCAAUCCAAAAUCCAGUACAUGAUCUCCAUGGAGCGCCGUAAAAUUAGUGGUUACUCUGGCGAUGUGGAUAUGUUUAACUAAAAACUAGAUGGAGAUGAAGGAUCUUAUAAAUAUUAUUUGUAAUUGUAUGUAUUUAAUUUUGCGCGAAGUAUAAAAGCCAUAUCUGAGAAUACGAUUCUAAGUGAUCUGUUUUGAUAAUUUAAAAGAGCUUCCUUAAUUUAAGAGCAAUCUACAUAUGCUUAUUGGCUGUUUUUUUUUUUUUGAGAGCACAUAAUUUUAAAAAUCCUUACCUAAAAUCGGAAUGUUUUUUAUGUUUCCUUACGUUAUUGUUAACGCGAACUACAGUAGAUGCUCACAAAAGAGAUUUUCUAGAAUUACAAAUUAACAGCCAUUUAAGAGAAAACUAAAGAAUUGUAUUGUGUUUAAGUUGUGUUUUAUUUUUAAAAUUAAAUAUAUUCAUUAUUCAACAAAUAAAUAAAAAUGAAAUUAAAGGGGCAUGCACCUUCAGCCAGAAUUUCAAUUAAAUCAAAAUGAA